GGAGCGUACGUCAUUGGGUGCCACCUUGAGCUCGUCCCCCCCCGGAACGCGGGCGUUGAUAGGUGUUUGGGAGAGGAGGGAAAGGGAGGGUUUGGUGUGUGUCGCGAAUAUCACGGUAAAUUAGUCUUUGCACGGCGGCGACGGGGGCGAAAUGUGGGGACCUCACCCUGUGAGUGCCCCACACAAAGAGAGGUUUAAGUCGGUUAUAAAGUGGUCGAAGAUCCCCCGGUUGGAAAGGGUUCAGUAACAUCCCUCGAGAAACAUAUGGUACUUUGAUCACUGUUCCAUAUCACCUACUCUACCCAUACCACCAGUAUCAUACCUCAGACCAAAGCACCUCUUAUCACUCGAGGAAGAAUCUCUAAACCAUGACUACUACCCCGGGAUUACCUUUCGAUAUGGCCGCUACCAAGGACACCACCAUUACCCCAGAUCCCUAUCCCGAAGGUCUCGAGGACCGUCGAGGAAGCAAUGGAAGUGACAUUGUCGACCCCACGCCCAUGUCGAAGAGGGACCGUAGAAUGUAUUCACACUUCCCCCUCUCCUCCCUCCUUAUCACCCCGUAUUGACUUUAUGAUAGGAGUAAGGAAUGGGACGCCUCCAAGGUCCCCCCUUCAAGAUUCCAAAAGGUCGAGGGUUCGGUAUGUUCAAACCCUCCCUCCCUCCCUCACCGAGCUCAUCCGUAUCCUCCAAAGAGCGCUACUAAUAGUUCGCGAUAAGAUUUAUGCCACACCCAAUUCCCGCGAUGGCCAUAUCGCCCGCAAUAAGAUUCACGGAUUCAAGGAGAAAGUCAAAGAACUUGCUGGCAAGAACUAAAUUUGCAAAAAGUCUGAAUUAACGUACGGCGCGAGAUUAUUCGUUCUCGAGUAUCCAUCCGUUCGGCGGUGUUUUUCUUCUCCCUUCUUUGUCCAUCUAUCCUGGUUGAGCGAUUGGUGUCAGCGGAUUUUUAUUCCUUUCUCUCUUAUUCCUUUUCCGUUGUAUCGUACUCGUUUUCAAUUUUGGUAUUGGUAGCAUACCGGUAGUGGAGGGGGCUACGAACAGUUUGGGUUGGGGGGGGGGGGGGCGAUUGUUCACCGUCGUCUCCCUUGUCCAAGGUCCCCUCUCUUGUUUCUUCUAUUCUACCCGGAACUAUUAUAUACGUUCAGGAGUGACCGACCUGCCGUUGUGGUGUUUUGUCCGACAUCCUCCUUUACUCCUCCGAUCCAUCUCUUUUACUUAAAAAUUCUCCCCAUCAAAGUCAAAGUCACGUACCGUAUCUGUACCAUAAUCCGGUGUCGGGGGGGGGGGAUGGAGUGCCGCAGCGCAUGGUGACCGGUUUCUUUUUUUUUCCAUUCAUCUACGUGUAAUCCAAGUCAGUCAAGUUUGAAUAAGAUUUAAA